UUAUAUAUCAAGAUCCAUUCCGUCUAAUACAUCAUCUUCAUCAACUUCCAGACAGUCCAACUCAGAAGAUGCGUCGCAGCUGGAUCUGGUCGUACUUCGAGCGCGUGUCCAGUACGCAUGCGCAGUGCAAGCUGUGCAAGCGCCACAUCUGUCAUGGCGGCAACGCUACCGGCAACAUGAACCGUCACCUUAAGAUGAUACACCAUAAAACUGCCUGUAUGUACGACCAAAGCUGGGUUUGGAAGGUGUUCGAAACAUGUGAGAGCGACUUCUACAGCUGCAAGAUAUGCCAGUACAAGUGUAUGAAAGGGACAGACAUAGAGAAGAGCAUGACUAGCAUACUCAAUCACUUGAAGUUGGAGCACGGAGUGGUGUCCGGUGAUCAGAUAAUCACCGGCACUGAUGUGGAAACUGAGGUUAAUUGUUAAUAGUGUAUAAAUAAUUAGGGAUUAGUAUUGGGUAUAACUUUUUGGCUUUUAUCUGCAGUUUAAAAUUAUAAGUUUGUUUUAUGGCCGAUUUUUCAAUCAUCAGAUAACUUCUAUCUGAGGAAU